AUGCUGUGGUUGCUAGCAAUGACUUUUUUGGCCCUGGGAGUUAUACAUUCAGAACAGUCCCCAAAGAAAAAAAAAGAGGUCAAUCCUGAAGCAUUCAUGAAUAUUUCUGAGAUCAUACAGUAUGCACACUAUCCUAACGAAGAAUAUGAAGUCCUUACAGAUGAUGGCUAUUAUCUUCCAAUCAACCGAAUUCCAUAUGGCAGAGAAAAUUCAGACAAUACAGGUCGGAAACCUGCUGUCUUAGUUUUGCCUGGCAUAAUGACAAAUGGUGCGAGUUGGGUGGCUAGUAUGCCCAACAAUAGCCUGGGAUUUGUGCUGGCGGAUGCUGGCUUUGAUGUUUGGUUGGCAAACAACAGAGGCUGCAGGUGGUGUAGAAGACACCAAAAUUUUUCAUUGGAUCAACAGGAAUUCUGGGAUUUCAGUUUUCAUGAAAUGGCAAUGAGUGACUUGCCAGCCAUUAUAAAUUUUAUUCUUGCCAAGACUGGACAGGAGCAGAUCUAUUACAUAGGCUAUUCCCAGGGUACUACCAUAGGUUUCAUAGCAUUUUCAGCCAUGCCUGAGCUGGCUCAGAAAAUCAAAAUAUUUUUUGCACUUGCUCCUGUGUAUUUGCUGAACAAUAACAAAUCCCCAUUUGGUAUAUUUGGAUAUACGCCUGCCAACGUUAUGAAGGCUGUGUUAGGUUCGAAACAAUACUGUGUCCUGCCAACGAAUGGUUCAAGAAUAUUUGUUUCCAAGUUGUGCAGGAAGAACAUCUGGGACAAAAUUUGUUCCAAAUUGGUUUUCGUGGCUGGUGGAAUUGGUAAAAAUAACGUUAAUAUGAGUCGAACGGAUGUCUACGCAGCACAUUUAAUAGGCUGUACCUCCUUCAAAAAUAUCCUGCACUGGUCACAGACAGUUCAAAGUGGAGCGUUAAUAAUGUUUGACUAUGGUUCUAAAAAUUUAGAGAAAUAUAAUCAGACGACUCCUCCUUUAUACAAGAUACAAGAUAUGAAAGUACCAACAGUUGUAUGGAGUGGCGGAAAAGACAUAGUAGCUUCCCCAAAAGAUAUUGAAUUUUUACUCUCAGUUCUUAGGAAUGUGAUAUAUUACAAACAGAUUCCUGAGUGGUUUCAUUAUGAUUUUGUAUUUGGCCUUGAUGCACGUCAACAAAUGUAUGAUGAUCUUGCUCAAAUGAUCAAGCAAAUAGACUUGAUUCCCAGAAAAUAAGUUUUGAAGGAUUAGCAAUGAGACUGGC